GAAAAUAUGAGAGGCAGAGAAGUGGGAAGAAGAUAGCCAGAAGCAUAGGCUAAGAUUGUCCAUAACAUGUGGACCGCAAGAACAAGGACUCUAUAGAUCAUCAACACUUUCUUCUUCUUCUUCUUCUUUUUCAUCACUUCAACUACUACUACUACUACUACACUCAACAGCCACUCACCUAAGUGGCUCAUUUUGACUUUCAUUUUUCUUCCACUUUUGAACCUUAAAAGCUAUGGCAUCCUCAUCCUCUCUGCAUCUUUCUCAGGCCCUUUUGGCCCCUGCUGUUUACCUUCAUGGCUCUUCUUCUGAUCGUCUUUCACUCUCCUUCCCAUCAUUCUCUGGCCUCAAGUCUCAUCCUCCAUGCAAAGCAACCACUUUCUCUGCAGCUUCACGUAGAAGGGGUGCUUCCACCAGUGUUGUUCGAGCCACUGCUGUUGAGACACUGGACCAGACCACUGAGGUUUCUCUGGUUGAGAAAUCCGUCAACACCAUUCGCUUUCUGGCCAUUGAUGCAGUUGAAAAGGCCAACUCUGGCCACCCUGGUCUCCCCAUGGGCUGUGCUCCAAUGGGCCACAUUCUCUACGAUGAAGUCAUGAGGUACAAUCCCAAGAACCCCACUUGGUUCAACCGUGACCGUUUCAUUCUGUCUGCUGGACAUGGCUGCAUGCUCCAAUAUGCUCUUCUUCACCUUGCAGGCUAUGACAGUGUUCAGGAAGAAGACCUGAAGAAUUUCCGACAAUGGGAAAGCAGGACUCCCGGACAUCCUGAGAAUUUUGAGACACUUGGAGUUGAAGUGACCACAGGUCCUUUGGGUCAGGGAAUUGCCAAUGCUGUUGGAUUAGCACUGGCUGAGAAACACUUGGCAGCAAGAUUCAACAAGCCUGACAAUGAGAUUGUUGACCAUUACACGUAUGUUAUAUUGGGUGAUGGUUGUCAGAUGGAGGGAAUUUCGAAUGAAGCAUGUUCACUUGCUGGUCACUGGGGUCUAGGGAAGCUUAUUGCAUUUUAUGAUGACAACCACAUUUCCAUUGAUGGUGACACUGAGAUUGCAUUCACUGAGAAUGUUGAUCAACGUUUUGAAGCACUUGGAUGGCAUGUGAUUUGGGUGAAGAAUGGAAAUACAGGGUAUGAUGAAAUCCGUGCAGCCAUCAAGGAAGCAAAGGCUGUCAAAGACAAACCAACUUUGAUUAAGGUAACCACUACCAUUGGAUAUGGUUCUCCAAACAAAGCUAACUCCUACAGUGUUCACGGAAGUGCAUUAGGUGCUAAAGAAGUGGAUGCUACAAGGAAGAAUCUUGGAUGGCCAUACGAACCUUUCCAUGUACCAGAAGACGUUAAAAAACAUUGGAGUCGCCAUGUCGCUGAUGGUCCCAAACUUGAAGCUGAGUGGAAUGCCAAGUUUGCUGAAUAUGAGAAGAAAUACAGUGAGGAAGCUGCAGAGCUGAAGGCCAUUUUUACUGGUGAAUUACCAGCUGGUUGGGAGAAAGCACUUCCUACAUACACUCCUGAAAGCCCAGGUGAUGCUACAAGAAAUCUGUCUCAGCAAAAUCUAAAUGCCCUUGUUAAGGUUCUUCCUGGUCUGAUUGGUGGAAGUGCGGAUCUGGCCUCUUCCAACAUGACCUUGUUGAAAUCGUAUGGAGACUUCCAAAAGGGUACUCCUGAAGAGCGAAAUGUUAGAUUCGGUGUUAGAGAACACGGAAUGGGAGCAAUCUGUAAUGGCAUUGCUCUUCAUAGCCCGGGAUUCAUUCCAUACUGUGCAACUUUCUUUGUCUUCACGGACUACAUGAGAGCUGCCAUAAGGAUUUCUGCACUGAGUGAAGCUGGAGUGAUUUACGUGAUGACUCAUGAUUCCAUUGGGCUGGGAGAGGAUGGACCAACUCAUCAGCCAAUAGAGCACUUGGCAAGUUUCAGGGCAAUGCCAAAUAUUCUGAUGCUUCGUCCAGCUGAUGGCAAUGAAACUGCUGGAUCAUACAAAGUUGCAGUGGUUAACAGGAAGAGACCCUCAAUUCUUGCACUUUCAAGGCAGAAGUUGGCCCAACUUCCAGGAACUUCUAUAGAGGGAGUUGAAAAGGGUGGCUACACCAUUUCAGACAACUCAUCAGGUAACAAGCCUGAUGUUAUCCUGAUUGGAACUGGUUCUGAGUUGGAAAUUGCUGCUGCUGCUGCUGAGGAUCUAAGAAAGGAAGGGAAAGCUGUGAGAGUUGUUUCUUUUGUUAGCUGGGAACUUUUUGAUGAGCAGUCAGAGGAAUACAAGGAGAGUGUUCUUCCUGCUGCUGUAUCAGCUAGAGUUAGCAUUGAGGCAGGAUCAACAUUUGGAUGGGGAAAGAUUGUUGGAAGCAAAGGCAAGGCUAUUGGCAUUGAUCGAUUUGGAGCAAGUGCUCCUGCAGGAAAAAUAUACAAGGAGUUUGGUCUCACCAAGGAAGCUGUCAUUGCUGCUGCCAAAGAACUUUCCUAGAUCAAUUUCUUGAGUUUCUUUGAUCUCAUCUAAAACUUGUGGUUUUCAGUGGUGGCUUUUGGUUACUUUUACAUUAUUUCUUUUUUCAGAUGCCACUUUACCCACAGUAAGGAAGAUUAGAUUGCUCUUGCAUGUCACUGUCUGUCCGAGGAGCCACUUACAUUAAAGGAUCAGUUGAAUUAAUGAACUUGUAUGAAUUUUUAACAACUAUUUUGGCUUGUGAGUUUUGUCUGUCAAGUAGUUCAAUAAGUGAAGUGAUCCUCACUCUA